GACAACACGAUGCCGCUGAGCAGAAUUGGCUAUGACAGGCUGACACACAAAGGCUGACAGGAGAAGAGCUACAUUGUGAAGAUGAGCGAGUGACAGACAGUGAGAGGGAGAACAAAACCAAUCGGAAAACCUUGUCUCCUACCCCCCCCCCUUCUCUUUCUCUCAUUCUCUCUUUCUUCUUUUCCAUGCUCUCAUUGCAUUCGUGGAAGAGAGGAGACAGACAAGGACAGAGCCUUGAACUCAGACGCUGUGAUGGACACCAAGGCAGUGUUUUCGGCCCUGUACAGCGUGUGCGAAGAGAAUGCCACUUUCUUCGCAGGAGGGGCGAAGGGGUCGCAGGGUGACGCGGCACGACGGUUGGUGGAUACCAUGAAGCUCAUCCAGGAGCAUGCUCGCAGCCUGGAGCCCGUUAUCUCCGGCUUCUCUGCAGUUUACCAUCAUUUUGACUUUGACCCACACAUACCUGCCAACGGCUACCGCUCGCUGGUUAAGGUAGUGCGCUGCUGCCUUCUCCACAUCAUCCAGAAGGGGCGCUACAUCACCGCCAACCGCCGCAGCAUCUUCUUUAGAGUAGCCCACAAUGCGGGCGAGAUGGAGGCCUACUGCAAUGCUCUGUGCCAGCUGCGCGCCCUGCUCUACCUGGCCCAGCGCCUGCUACAUGACAACAGCCAUGGCAACCUUUUUUUCCAGGAUGAAAGUGGCCUCAGCGAGAGCUUUGUCCGCGAAUACGCAUCCAUGCACAAGGGCUGCUUCUAUGGCCGUUGCCUCGGCUUUCAGUUCACUCCAGCCAUCCGGCCCUGUCUCCAGACCAUUGCUAUUGGCCUCGUGGCCUUUGGAGAAAACUACAGACGCCAUCAGUCAGGAAUAGGUGUAGCAGCCAGCUCUUUCUUUACCUCAGGGAAGUACGCCAUCGACCCGGAGUUGAGAGGGGCAGAAUUUGAACGCAUCACCCAGAACCUGGACGUCCACUUCUGGAAGACCUUCUGGAACAUAACAGAGACAGAAGUCCUGUCUAGUCUUGCCAGUAUGACAUCCACGCCAGUUAAGGUGAACCGGGCUCUUUCUGUGCCCCCCGUGCCCUUUGACCUUCCCCUGGCGGCCAACCACAGAGCAUCUGUGACCAUAGCCCCACCAUCAGCACACAUUGGCACUGCUCCAGUUCAGAUGAGGCUCAUCUCCUGUGACUUACGCGAAGGACAGGACAGCGAGACUCUGCUAUCUCUCUCCCGCUCUGAGGGGGGCGCCAUCUCUUUGUCACUGGGGCUGAAAACCAAGCGCCUCCCAUCAUCUCCCUGCCUCCUGAUCCACUUCCACGGGGGAGGAUUUGUGGCCCAGACCUCCAAGUCACAUGAGCCCUAUCUGAAGAGCUGGUCCCAGGACCUUGGUGUCCCCAUCCUGUCUGUGGACUACUCUCUGGCCCCAGAGGCCCCCUUCCCAAGGGCUCUGGAGGAGUGUUUCUACGCCUACUGCUGGGCUCUGAGAAACCACCACCUACUGGGCUGGACUGGAGAGAAAGUGUGUCUGGCUGGUGACAGUGCUGGAGGCAACUUGUGUGUGACGACAUCGAUGCGCGCUGCUGCCUUCGGUGUGCGAAUGCCAGAUGGCAUUGUGGCAGCCUACCCAGCUACCCUGCUGACCGCCUACGCAUCGCCCUCCCGUCUGCUGACACUUAUGGAUCCCCUGCUGCCACUUAGUGUGCUCUCCCGGUGUCUCAGUGCCUACGCAGGCAAUGAGCCGCAGACAGAGACGCAGGUAGAGAGAGUGAGCACGCUGAGCCUGGUGAGAAGAGACACGGCUCUGCUGCUCCGAGAUUUCCGACAGGGAGCCACCAACUGGAUCCAGUCUCUGCUGGAUCCCAACAGAGCCUCAGCCUCUCCAAGCACAGCUGCAGAGGCGCCACGAGGAGCCACUGACACAGUGAGGAAGAGCAUUUCGGAGGCAUCCUUCUCAUCUCCUCACGCUGACCCCCCUGUAGCCUCAGAGAACUCAGUCUUCCCAUCCAGGAAAUUAUCUGUGAAGAGCCAGACUUGCCAAGACCUGGGAUCCCACAACAAUUCUACUUCUCGCAGCACGUCGCUGCUCUCCGAGCACACUCCAGAAGAAGUGAGUUUCUUCCUUUCCAAGGAUGCAGAUGGCUCCAUGUCCAACGACCUGUUUUCAGUGGCCAUACCACCCCCUGCUGGAGAGGAGGGAUCAGAGCUAGAGCACCCAAGGGAGUUUCCCCUGGGGUUUGAGCCGCUGCGCUCAGAGCAGCUCUCUGAGAUGAGGCUGCACACGUCUCCAGUGGUCAAGGAUCCGUUCUGUUCUCCUCUGCUGGCUCCUGAUAGCAUGCUGAAGGGGCUGCCACCUGUACAUAUAGUGGCUUGCGCGUUAGACCCCAUGCUGGAUGACUCUGUGAUGUUUGCCAAGCGUUUGAGGAACAUAGACCAGCCUGUCACUCUGUGCGUGGUGGACGACCUCCCUCACGGCUUCCUCAGCCUAUCGCAGCUCUCCAGGGAGACGAGGGAGGCUGCCAACGUCUGCGUGGAGAGAAUUCGCGCCGUCUUCACCCAGAAGGACACACCCCCGGAGCCACGCAAGCAUCGCAAACUGGAACGGACCGAUAGGGGUGUGUCGGCCUCUUCUGGGGAAGCCGCUUCUCUCUUCAUCGGCUCCAACGAGGGCGGGGAGCUAGCUAUUGGGAUAGGGACUAAGAUUGCUGAUGGGGAGGGCUUAGUUGCUGUGGCAGCCCAGAACAACACUGAUGCUGGUGGUGUUGGGUCUUAAACAAGGUUAGAUAAAAAAAAAAAAAAGAAGACUGCAGUUCACCCGAGGAGUGAAGGGAGAAAGAGUAAAUGAAAGUCAAACUAAUUUAAGCAGUGCAAUGCCUAAAAGGGAGAGAGAAAGCAUCCUGAGAAAAAACAAAACAGAAAGGGGGAGGGGGGUAGUCUAAGUGAUUGCCCAGUUUUUGAGAGACAAAAGAAAUCAAGCAGCACUGAAAUACAACUUCCUCUGCUUUACAAUUCUCGCCACUUGCGCCAUUGUGCACCGAUGCGAAGCUGGCAGACAAAACGAACACAACACACCCACAAGAGACUGUCACGUUUUAGAGCAAAAAUGUUAAUUUACCAGCUACUUAGAUCAAAGACUCGGCACUCACCCACACAUGCAGCACACAUACUUAACAGAGUUGCCGUUGGGCAGCUGAGGCUCGGACAUAAAGCAGCGCAGAGGAUACUUAAGACGAGGCCUGAAUGGGCGAUUCAUCUCGGCCAAGGCAGUCAUUUGAGGCCCUAAUCAGAUAGUGGUAGGCACACUAUAUGCUUCUGUAUAGAGUCAUCCGCAUCAAAAUGGCCACUUGUCCUUUAGGGAGCCACUCUAAAUCACACUUAAUAACUCCACAUUGUGUUCUCCAUUACGCCAGUUUGGCAGUCAAUACAGCUCACUUUGUGGAUAGUAACUCUGUUGACUCUCUCCCAAAUAGAAUUACAACGCUAAAACAGAACAGACUGAAAGGCUCUAAACUGGAUGAAUUGAUUUACUUGUUUCUUGAGAUUCUGUUGCAGUUUUUAAUCAUGUUAUUAACCCUAUGCAUUAGUGUUACUUUUGUUAUUUAUAUCUAUUGCUGUAUUUUAAUCUUUGAAUCAUUACCAUUUUGUUUGUUGAUUUGUACAACAUAUUGUUUGUUUAUUGUAAUCUUAUGCUGUUUAUUCCACAUUUUUUUGAAUGUGCUCAAUAUUUACCUCUGCUUCUUUUGGCUCAGCUGCUCCGACAUCCCCCGGCCGUUCCAAUUAAACUCGUGUCCUCCUCUCAGUAAUGCACACUGAUAGGAUGGAGCAAAUGUAGAAUAUUACACAGGGAUGCAGCACCCUAUCUAGAUGCUGCCUGUGGUGCUGUUAUUACCAAUGUAAAGAUUGCAUUUUAUUCAUUGCUUGGGUGAAAUAUGCGGGGAUGCACUGAGACGCUUUAUUUUUUUCAAAGACAAGUACUUGCUUUAAAAAGUCGAACACACUCUCAGAGCUCAGAAAUAGGCAAAAUGUUUUAAUUUUCAUGGAAGCAGUUCUCGACAUUUCUCCAAGAGGAAGAGAGAAAAGGGCAGGAAAAAGCACUCAGCUAUCAAUACACAUUUUAAAGUCCGCUGCACUGAUUUCCUCUCAGGUUGUCCCGUUCCAGACCCGGCGUUAUCGCUCACUACUCCUCUGCACAGUAUGCAGCGUGUCAAAAUACCACUUCUCUUGAGUCAGGGGAAUUCCUGCCUGACAAUCUGUUUCUACAAAUCAGAGGCUUUUAGGCAAAAAAAAAGGACCCUGACCAAGAAAAUAAAUCGCAGGAGUAGUGCUGUGUAAAAACCACUAAACUUGUAUUUGGCCGACUAAAAGUGGCCGGUGGAGGAGAUGUUUUUGCUCCCCACCAUCACAGUCGGAGUUGACUUUGUGUUUUGAUAACCUGUGGGCGCUCCUCUGAGCGCGUUGCCACCGAAGCACUUUGAAGCACACAAAAAUGUCCUUCGGAGGGUCAGUCCCUCUAUCAGGUCCAACUAAAUAUAGAUGCCAACAAUGCUGGCACUGUCCUGCCCUUGCCUGGUAACAGGGCGAGGGGUUGCCAGGUCUGUAGAGGGGGAUGCUGUGUGAUGAAUAGGAUUUAGCUGAAGCUCCAAGUGCAAAAUCCUCCCCCUGUAGAAGAGCAGGAUUUUCAGCAGCAAAGUCAUGCUACAGGAUUAGACCAUGCUCAGUUCUGUCAGCUCGCAGUACUUACUGCAAUAUUUUUAGUCAGAUUGAUGGAGAGAACCAGGGCCGUGAAGAGGAAGAAAGUAAUACACUCAUCCUCUCGGAGAUACUGGGCUGAAGUUUGUACUUGCUUUACUAGCCGCUGUUUAUGCUCACUCUGCACUUUAGCAGUAGUUUGUCAAUCCAUGCGAGUGUAUUUUAAGCUUUUUAUAUGUGUCAUUGUUUUUUUUUUUUUUUUGUCUUUGCUCUGUGCCUGUUUGUGUGGUUCAAGUGGAGUCUGCAUGUAUACAUUGAUGCGAUCACUCCAGUCUCCGUGGAGUGUGAGAAACAUGAGCUCACACGCGAGCGCGUCCUCUUUUGUUUGUGUCGUGUGUUCACAUAAAGACAGGAAUGGCACUUUACAGUCAAGAGACUAUUCACAGUAUUAAUCAUCUGCCGUUGAGAGCGACCUCAAGUCACUAUGGGACAAUGGUUUUUUGUCUGUGACGUACUUGACUUCUUCAUCAAUCCUGCAAACACCACUGCUUAUGAAGCCAGCAGCAGGGUUGAGUGGUCAUCAGCACUUUGUUUUAUAAAGUAUGUGAACUGCUAGAAAACUUCUUAAAAAUGUGUCAAACUCACCCACUUGCUGUUUAUUGACCUCUGUAUGCCUCUUACCCUCGAUGACCACUCAUGCGUCAGGCUAACCUGAUUGCAGGUGAUGUACCAGAGAGCCCAUCUGGUGUUUUGGACGAAUAAGUUUGCAGUGUUACCUUUGUAGUUUUCAAUAUCCCUGGUAUUUCUGACGCUUGUAUUCUUCCUGCAACUUAGAAAUGUUGAUUCAUUACUGUCUCAUUUAGUGUAGCUGCUUCACAGUGUCUAAUUGUUGAUGAUCCACAGAACUUUAUUAUCACAAAUGAUCCUUGUGAGUACAAACUAGUUGUAGUAGUUCAACCUGAUGCUGUUUUUUUUUUUGUCUGUUGGUU